CCCAAUUCGAAGAUGUUCGAGGUACGUAGAAUCUAACGUGGCACCCCCAAAACUCAUUUUUACGAUCGUCCUACACAGCGAUCUAUAGCUACCACCACCCUAACUAUCAAAAGCAAAAUCUUUCACACUCUCUCACCUCACCUCACCACGCGACACGAGUGGCUCAAACCAACACCACCAACCAUUCAAUUCAACCAAACUCCCUCAAUUUCCCAAACCCUAAUUUCCCAAACGUUUUGAAAUUCCCCACCAGAACCAAGCCUCUUCAAUAAAUCUCCAUUCUUGGAAAUAUGUGGAGCGGCGGCGGUGGCGGCGGCGGUGGUGGCGGCGGUGUUGGUGGUGGUGAUAUCUAUUGGGGAAGGAAGGAGAAAUCUGAAUCCAGAGGAAUCGCUGUGAUCUUCGCUUGGGCUUCGAUCCAGGACCGCCAUUUGAGGACCUACGUCGAUUUGUACGCUUCUCUCCGAUGGAAUUCCCUCGUUUGCCAUGCCGAUUUUCUCAAUGCAUUCUAUCCUGAGAGAGCUAUGUCAUUAGCGUUUGUUGUUCUUAAUGAGCUUGUUGAGGAGCUAAGGAUUAAGCCAUGCCCAUUAGUGUUUGUAGCCUUUUCUGGUGGUCCUAAAGCUUGCAUGUACAAGCUUUUUCAGGUUAUUAAUGGAACAUGUGAGGGUCAGAUGUAUGCGGGCCACUAUCAGUUGGUCAGAAAUUGUGUUUCUGGACACAUAUAUGAUUCUAGUCCACUAGAUUUUACAAGUGAUUUGGGUGCACGAUUUGCUUUACACCCCUCCAUCCUGAAAAUGCCUGGAUCAUCAAAACUUGUUUCUUGGGUGGCAAAAGGCAUUGCUUCUGGUCUGGAUGCACUAUAUCUUACAAGGUUUGAAUCCCAACGUGUUGAGUAUUGGCAGGCUUUGUAUUCCUCCGUUAACUUGGGUGCACCUUUUCUCAUCAUAUGCUCAGAGAAGGAUGAGCUUGCACCGUACCAAAUUAUUUGCAAUUUCGCUCAACGCUUACAAGAUCUUGGGGGGGAUGUUAAGCUUGUGAAACUGAAUGGUUCCCCUCAUAUAGGCCAUUACAAUCAUUAUCCAAUCCAAUAUAGGGCUGCUGUGACUAACUUGCUUGACAAGGCAGUUUCAGUUUUUUCCCAAAGAAUUCGAAUACUGGGAGAAAGAACCGGCACAGAAGGUAUGCAUGAUGAGAUAUCUGAGUUAAUAUGGGACCUCCAGAAAGUGGCAGUUGACUCAAACCAGAGCCUAAGAAGAGUAGCACUAGGGCCAAGUGACCACUUCUUCUUGCCAAGUUCAGCAGAGUAUCACAAUGACAGAGAUUCUUCCUUACAAGAUGAACAAAAAGAGAGAGCAAUUUAUUUGCCUAACCCCCCAAGCAUUAAUGCACACAGUGUACUUGGCCAAAUCCUCUUUGAUGUUUGUGUUCCCAAGAAUGUGGAAGGUUGGGAUAUUAAAUUUGGAGGCACUGUAAAUGGGCAGCCAUUUGCUUCUGCUCGAAGACGUUCUCCUUUCAAUGGUAUUAAAUGCAAUCGUCGGUCAAGACUAUAACCUUCAUAGCGGUUAAGAAUUUUUGGGAAACUCCUAUAAGUUUGCACGAUAGUUCAGCAGCUUCUAAGAGAUUACAAGCAAAUCAAACUAGUGCAAGAUGCUUAAGGAAUUGACAUUGGGAAUUUCAGUGGAGGUAGUUUUGUACAUAUUAUGGAACAACUGAAUUAGUUACUGUGACUUAAAGCUAAUUAUUAAUCCUUUGAUGAAAUGUACAGUUAAAUAAGCAUAACAGCAGUCAUGUACAGGAAGGUGAAUGUUUGUUAUGAUCUCUCUGUCCAUCUGAUAAGCUAUGAUAAGCGUAGAGAUAAAUGAGGAUAAGAUCAUAUAGUGAGGUUUAUGCGUGAUAUAAUUUGUCCAUCCAAUAUUCCAUAUAAUGUACGAGUGAUCAGGUUAUGCUGGGAGAUAGAUACUGUCACCAAGAGGUAAGGCUUCUGAACAGUAAAUCAUUAAUAUGUGGUUGCUGAUAUAAUAAGGAGUUGGUUGUAUAUGAUUGUGUAUAGCAGUAAUCUGUACAAAGAUCACCGUUUUGAUAUUAGACCGUGGGUGUGGUUCAGAGUCUUCAGACAUCAGUGAUAGAUGCACAAGCUUUGAAUGAUUAUGCAUGAGGCUGAAGAAUUUGUACCUCGUAAAUAAGAGGAAAAGUUAAAUAGUAGUUUGUAUUUUUUAUUUUAUGUUUCCUUUAGAUUGGAUGUUUGAA